AUGACGUGGUUGUCAGAAGGCUUGCAGUGCAUGUUCUACCUAGUGCCGCCCAAGCACCUCUCCCUCUCGAAGGGGGACAAGGUCCCAAACUUCAUCGAGAGUCAUGGAACCGUCAUGUUUUUCCUCCUGAUGUUCACGGAGUUGGCUGUUGGGUCGUGCGUGUAUCAGAAGACGUUGUACAGGUUCAGUGACUUCCUUUCUUCCAUAUCCUCUGGUACCUGUCAACAGUUUGUUGUGGCGCUGAUGACGAAGUUUGCGGAUCCGAAGGGGGCCUAUCGGCUAGUGAACGAGAGUUGCCGCCUUGUGGAGUUCGACGUGAAAGGCAAGCCUUUCACCACGUGGAUUUGUCUUGUCCUCGGUAUGGACCUGGCCUACUACUGGGCACACCGAAGUAUGCACAUGCUGCAUACUGGCUGGGCCGCCCACAGUGCGCAUCAUUCGGGUGAGGACUACAACAUGGCCACUGCGCUCCGGCAAGGGUCUUUGCAGCCACUCAUGACAUGGGUCUUCUCGUUGCCUCUUGCGCUCGUCUUCCCUGCAGAGUCGAUCCUGAUACAUUCGCAGCUCAAUAUGCUCUAUCAGUUCUGGAUUCAUACAGAGCUUUGCGGCCGGCUGGGGGCCCUGGAGUACGUGCUCAACACCCCUUUCCACCACCGCAUGCAUCAUCGGCCACCGGGGAACUGCAACUACGCUGGGGUCUUGAUCAUCUGGGACCGCCUCUUCAAUACCUACGACGCUGAGACAGAGCGGUUGGACUAUUUCGGCUUGGCACAGUCUGCUGGCACAUUCAAUGCCGUGGAGCUGAAUCUGCAGCAUUGGCGCAAGAUGGGCCGCUUCCAUCUUCUACGAGGUGGCUGCUUCUGGCACUUGCUACGCUCUUCGGUGUCCGCAAGAGCCCAGCACAAGAUGGAAUGGACGCCCCGAAAGUUGCUGCAGCCCUACGAGCCCAUGCUGGACGCGAAAAGCUCCUGGAUCUUGCCCGAGAAAGAGGUCAGACCGAAGUAUCGUGGAGCCGAGCUGCAGCUGAUGGGCAAAGCGGCGGCUGUUGCAAUGUACCUGGGUGCAUUCGUCUGCCUGCAAAGGGUCAGCAACCCCACUGAGAGACCGAAGCUCCAGCUGCUGUGUGCUGCGGCUGGCGGCUUCACCUGGCUACAUGCACUGGGCGAUUUUCUCGACAAGGGCAGCUACAGCACGUUGCUGGUUGGAAAGCUUUUCCUGAGUACGGGCUUCACUGCUUUGGACAUGGGGAUCUUCGGAUGGCAGCCCCAUGCUUGA